CAGAUGCGGGCUGGGCAGUGUGCAGCUGCAGGAUCUCCGUGCAGGAUCUCUCUCUGCGCUCACAGGACCCAUCACAGCCGGUGGAGGUCGGAGCUCAUUCAAUCAAUUCAAAAGUGUUAAAGUCAGUCUACCUCCCAGAGCGACCAUGAGAGUCCUCCUCCUAAUCUGCAUGCCAGUUGUGCUGCUCGCCCAGGGCCAGUACCAGGAACAGUUUCCCUUCCUGGCGGAGGACUACGGGGUGGAGUACAUCCUAGAGUCUGAAAAUCCUGAACCUCUUCCUGAAACAUACCAGCAGCAGGUUCAAACCGAUCCCGCCGUGCUUCCACAAAGACUGGAUUCCAAUUUGGAGACGGAGCCCACAGAACCAGGCCCACUCGACUGCAGAGAGGAGCAGUAUCCCUGCACCAGACUCUACUCAGUCCACAAGCCAUGCAAGCAGUGUCUCAACAGCCUCUGCUUCUACAGUUUGAGACGAGUGUAUGUCAUCAACAAGGAGAUCUGCAUGCGCACUGUGUGUGCUCAUGAAGAGCUGCUGCGAGCGGACAUGUGUCGUGACCAGUUCUCCCGCUGUGGCGUGAUGGCGCUGAGCGGCCAGUGUGCAUCAGUAGGAGGAAGCUGCGGGAAGAGCUGUGGAGGCUGCUGAUGAUCAGGAACACUACCUGCCCAGAUACUGCCGCUCCUCUCCCCUUCCUCUCCAUCUUCUGUCCCCCACGUUUCUCCUAGCUUUGCCUCCUGACUCCUCCGUAUGACUUGUUACUCUUGUGCGAAGAAGCACUUUGAAUACUUUUGUUGUUUCUACUUUAUCUACAUUGUGCUACAUGUACAUCUGCCCAGUAGAACCUGCGUCUACGGAUAAAUAUCAAUAACACUGAUGCUCGUAUAAGUCACUGGUGCUAUAAAAACUUUUAGAGGUGCACAUUACAACAAACCCUUAUUUUCUAUUUUUGUUUUUGCAUAUUGUACCAUAAUCAUCUCAUACCUUGAGUUUGUUGAUAUGUUACUGUACUUUUGUUGAAAAGCAGUCAUUGUCAUGAUGAUCAGCCCAUCAGACAAAACGAAUCAAUAUCCAGCCAUCAAGUGUCUCUGUGUUUAAGAUCGUGAGAUAUGUGAAGAAGCAGGCGAGUGACCUCAAUUUCUGUCCUGGUGCUACACAGCAGGGUCCACUAAUGCUUCAAAAAAGGCAUCCGAAGUAUGGCCUCUGUACUACUGCUUUGUAAAACUGUCACUAUAAAGACUGAGAAAAAAAAUAAACUUUUUACUACCAAACGUCA